GUUACGAAGACCCUUGCAGCAAUCCCUACUACUUGGCAUAGAGUGACAACUCCUUUCUCCCCGUCAUCGGCUUCAAGCUCAACGAUGACAACUACUUGCUCUGGAGUGAGUCCGUGGAGGUCGCCCUGCGCACCAAAAACAAGCUGGAUUUUGUCCUUGGAACGAUUUAGGUACCACCUAACACAGAUCCUAUGUAUGGCACCUGGGAUAGAGUGAAUGGAAUAGUGGUGUGUUGGCUUAGAAACUCUGUUUCAGAUGAUAUUGUUCCCAGCCUUAGAAACAUUAGGGUUGCCUCAGAAGCUUGGAAUUAUCUUAAAUCCAAGUUCAGCCAAGGUGAUUCAGUACGAAUUGCCAAUUUACAGGACAAGAUUGACCUCAUUAAGCAAGGAACCCUAACUGUUAGACAAUACCACACUGAUUUGAAGGUUUUGUGGGAUGAACAAGAGAGCUAUUUCCCCAUACCUUACUGUGAUUGUGCUUCCAAGACAUAUGAAACAGUGAUUAUGUAUAGGGAUCGAGCUAAGGUGAUCAAAUUCCUGCUGGGUUUGAAUGAGAAGUACCAGCAGGUGAAAACCCAAAUGCUCAUGUUAGAUCCUUUGCCUGACUUGGAUAACAUCUAUAGAUCUGUAGUACAAUUGGAGAGACAGUUGAAUGGAGCUGGUGGAAACACUGGAAAGUCAGAAGAGGCCAUUGCACUGGCUACAGCUCUUGUUGCAUCCAAGUCUCAAUCAGGACAAGGAAGAGACAAGUUUCACAAAGAAGCUACUCAAGACACUGGACUAUUCUGCCGCUAUUGCAAGAAGGAUAACCACGUUAUCCAGGAAUGCUGGAAACUUAAAAGGAAAAACAAAGAAGGAGGAGGUACAAACUUUGUUGGUUCUGUUGAUGUCAAUGCAGUGGAGAGGAAUGGUCCAGGAGGAGGAACUCCAACUUACUCUCCUACAAGCCCUGGAAGCAGCUCAGACAAUCAAUCUGCAUUCUCAGGCUUCACAACAGAAGAGCUCAAUCGUCUUAAGGCCUUGCUGCAAACUCCACAAUAGCAAGCUCAUCCUUCAGUUAACUCCAUCACAACUAGUAACACUGCCAUGACAGGUAUUUCUGUGUUCUCUAUAACUUCUAAAUCCAGCAAUGGAGAUAUGUGGAUCCUGGACACAGGAGCCAGUGAUCACAUAAUCUGUUCAAUGACAUAUUUCCUCAAAUGCAAAGAGGUUCAGAACCUUACAGUAACCCUACCUAAUGGCCAAGUUGCCAUUGUCACACACAUUGGUAUAGUUAAGCUACCUUGUGGUCUAUUCCUCACAAAUGUCCUGUUAGUGCCUACUUUCAGUUACAAUCUCAUUUCUAUUAGUAAGCUCACACAAAACAUCUCUAUCUCACUUUUGUUUGAAUCCAAUUUUUGUUGUAUUUAGGACCUAAUCUCUCGAUAGAGGAUUGGUUUAAUCCACGUAGAUAGAGGGCUGUAUUUGCUUGAAGGAGUGACAUCACCUGGAAAGGAUUGCAAACCCACAGUUUUUGGAGUGACCCCACUAAAGGCUCAGAGCUCUG